CCAUGGCCCAGCAGGAGCCGCAGUACUGCGGGAUGUGCUGAUUCCGAGUGGCGCUCACGUAGUUCCGGCCGUCAAUGUUUCGCCAGUCCCAUAUCGUGGGCAGUUCCGAGACGUUCAGAUAUUCAUGGGGUCUAGGCCUGCAUGUUCCGGUACAAUGGGCUGUCCUUGGUCUACCUCAUCUACCUCCUGCUCAUCCCCCUGUUCGCAGAGCCCACCAGGACGACCAUGCAAGGCCACACGGGACGCUUGCUGAAGUCGCUGUGCUGCAUCAGUGUGACCUUCCUGAUACUGCAGAUCAUUUAUCAGAUCACUAUAAGCAGCCUGCUUGCCAGGAAAGCCAUUGACCCCCACUUCAGCUGUACAACCUGGGAGAAGUCUAUGCGACAGCUGGGCUUUGACAGUGUGGACGGAGCAGACGCGGGUAAUGGCAUACGUGUGUUUAUCCCGGAUAUCGGCAUGUUUAUGGCAGGAAUGGGCACCUGGCUGCUGUGCCGCAGUCUGGUUAAAAAGCCCCCCAGCGAGGACAUGGCAAAGGACAACAUCCACUUUGAAAGCGAGGAUCAGGAUGAGGAAGAUGAUGAAGAGGAAGAGACUGAGGAAAAGCUGGAUCUGGAGGAGAACAUACUGCUCGAUGAGGACUUUGACGCUGAGGACGAGCGCGAGGAAGAUGAUGAAGAUCUGGACGAGGAAGAGGAGGAAGAACCAAAGGAGAGCACAAAGAUGAGGAUACUUCACCUGGUGGCAGGUGCAGCGUCCAAAGUGAAGGACAUCAUCGGCAAUCUCAUUACCACGGCUGGACAAGUUGUUAUAACAGUAUUACUGGGAUUGACAGGGAUCAUGCUGCCCUCCGUGACCUCGGCGGUCUACUUCUUCUCCUUCCUGGGCUUGUGCACCUGGUGGUCCUUCGGCCGCACGUUCAACAACCUCAUCUUCAGCUGCCUGUGCGUGCUGAUGGCCAUCUUCAGCGCCGGACACCUGACUGUGCUUUAUCUCUACCAGUUCCAGUUCUUUCAGGAGAGCGUUCAUUACGACAGAGCCACCAGGGCGUUCGGCAUUACCACCGUCAUCCGGAGCAACUGCUCCUGCACGUGGGAACUGAGCGUGCACCCCAAACUGCUGUGGCACCACUACAUGAACCCCAUAAUGCUGCUCGUGCUGUACUACACCUUGGCCACGCUCAUCCGGCUCUGGCUCCAGGAGCCUAUCGUGACGGUGUGUGAGGAAGAAGGAGGAUGUGAGGGCAGAGAGCCUGAGUGCAUCAACACAGAGGACAGUGUGCAGAAGAGGAGGAGCCUGUGGAGGAAGGGGCGUUACAGCACUGAGGAGCGAAACCUUCUGUCCACACUGGAUGGGUACAGCAUGUCUGAAGCAAUGGUAGUGACCUCCAAUGGGAACUCCUUUGGCUUCCUCUCCUCCAACCUCUCCCCUGACCACGGGCCGGGGGCACUGGACCUCUACUCCACUCCGCAGUACAAAGUGGACCGGGUGGAGAAUGGGUCUGAAGAAAAAAAGGACAACAGCACCGUUGAGGUCAGCGAGAAGUCUGUGGAGUCCGAAAAGCCAGUGGAGGGAAAAAAGCGCACUCUGGCCACCAUUUUCAGCUUCAUCAUGGCGCAGAGCUACAUCUGCGCUCUCAUCUCCAUGAUGGCCUGGAGCAUCACCUAUGUGAGCUGGUUCACCUUCGUCUUCCUCAUCUGGUCCUGCGCCCUGUGGAUUGUACGGGACAGGCGGAAGUAUGCCAUGCUCACCUCCCCCUUCAUGGUGAUCUACGGUGACCUGGUGCUGGUGCUGCAGUACAUCUGGAGCUUUGAGGUCCUGAAACCCAUUCCUGGGCUCUUCAAUGCGGUGCUGGUGCCUUUUCCAGAGCUGGCCUCAAAGAUGCUGUACCUCCUGACCUUCUGGCUCCUGUUGAGACAGGCCCUCACAGAGAGGAAGGAGAGGCAGGACAUGGAGAAGGAGCCGGCCACCCUGUCUGAUGUCAUCGUGGAAAUCCCCCCAAAGGAGGAGGAGGAGGAAGAAGAGGAAGGUGAGGAUGAGAAGCAGAUCAUGCAAGUCCUUGGCAACCUGGUGAUGUCCCUGUUCAUCAAGUACUGGAUCUACGUAUGCGGGGGGAUGUUCUUCUUCGUCAGCUUUGAGGGCACGAUGGUCAUGUACAAGAUCGUUUACAUGAUGAUGUUUCUCUUCUGCGUGGCACUCUACCAGGUGAACUAUGACUGGUGGAGGAGGAUCCUGAAGUAUUUCUGGAUGUCUGUGGUGGUUUACACUAUGCUGGUGCUCGUUCUGAUUUACACCUUCCAGUUUGAAAACUCUCCUGACAUCUGGAAAAAUAUGACUAAGCUGAAAGACCAGAGCCUGGAAGACCUGGGGCUAAAGAGGUUCACAUUGGGGGAACUCUUCAAAAGAGUGUUCAUCCCCACCUCCUUCCUGCUGGUGUGCAACAUUCACCUGCACUACUUCCACGAGCGCUUUCUGCGGCUCACCGACCUGAACGCUGUGGCAGCCAAGCAGGAGAGCAGCGUUUACAGACUUGCGCACCCGGACGGUAGCCUGGCUGACAUCACCAUGAUGAGCUCCUCCCCGGGGGCCAUGUCAAAGGAGGAGGAGGCAGGGGCAAAGGUUCAGCUGGACCAGGAGGUGGAGAAGGAGUCCCUGGAGCAGGACAGCAAGGACAGCAAGGACAGCAAGGCAGGGAGCCGGGAACACAGCAUGGGGACAGAGCCGCCCUCUGACCAGAGCUCAGAAUUAAAGAACAAGUGGCACCUAGUGGUGGAUCGGCUGACGGUGCUCUUCCUAAAGUUCCUGGAGUACUUCCACAAGUUCCAGCUCUUUAUCUGGUGGCUGUUAGAGCUGCACAUCAUCAAGUUCUUGUCCGCCUACAUCAUAGUGGUCUGCAUUGAGGAGGUCUCUCUGUUUAAUUUGGUUUUUCUGGCGUGCUGGGCCUUCGCUCUCCCGUACAGCCAGCUUCGUCCUUUAGCCUCCAGUAUCUGCACCAUCUGGACCUGCAUCGUUGUCGUCUGUAAAAUGUUCUAUCAGCUCAAAAUCAUCAACAUUGACACCAGACCCUGUCCAAUGAGAUUCAACUACACAGAUGACGAGAGGAAAGAGCUGAACGACUCUAUCCUCUACCAAACUAUGGACCCUGGAAAGUGGGUGGGGCUGCAGAAAGCAAGCCCUUUGCUGCCGUACCUGAGGAACCACCUGUUGAUGUUGGCCUUCUUGGCUUUUGAAGUGACCAUUACCCGGCACCAAACAUACUUCCGACUGAGGAACAACCUCAUCGUUCCCCCUGCAAGAAAUAUCUUUCAUGACAUCGCUCAUCAACACCUUGACGAUGGCAUUGUUAACUGUGUCAAGUACUUUAUCAACUACUUCUUCUACAAGUUUGGUCUGGAGACAUGCUUCCUGCUGGUGAUCAAUGUGAUUGGCCAGCGGAUGGAUUUCUACGCUGUGAUGCACGCAUUCUCCUUGGUGGUGGUCAUGUACCGGCGUAGGAGGAAAGCCAUUGCUGAGAUCUGGCCCAAGUACUGUUGCUUCCUGGCCUGUAUGCUGACCUUCCAGUACUGUGUUUGCAUCGGCAUCCCUCCUGCAGCCUGCAAAGACUAUCCGUGGAGGUUUCCGGGUUCAACCUUGGACUCCAACAUGGUAAAAUGGUUGUAUUUCCCCGACUUCCACACCAGGCCCACUUCCAGGUUUCUGAUCUACGACUUCAUGCUCCUCCUCUGCGCCUCACUGCAGAGGCAGAUCUUCGAGGACGAGAACAAGGCUGCAGUGCGCCUGAUGGCUGGCGAUAACGUGGAGAUCUGCCGAGACCUGGAUGCUGCUGCCUUCAGCCUACAGAACCCCGUCCCAAACUUCAUCCACUGCAGGUCUUACCUGGAUAUGUUCAAGGUGAUCAUGUUCAGCUACCUGUUCUGGUUUGUUCUCACCAUCAUCUUCAUCACUGGCACCACCCGUAUCAGUAUCUUCUGCAUGGGCUACCUGGUGGCCUGCUUCUACUUCCUCCUGUUUGGCGGGGAGCUUCUGCUCAAACCCAUCAAAAAGAUCCUGCGCUACUGGGACUUCCUGAUCGCGUACAACGUGUUUGUUAUCACCAUGAAGAACAUCCUCUCUAUAGCUGCCUGUGGCUAUAUCAGGACUCUGGUGCAAAAAAGCUGUUGGGUGAUUCAGUUGUUCAGUCUUGCCUGCACUAUAAAAGGAUACUCAACAGCUGUGCAGAGUCAGGAUUGUGACUUACCGCGUGACGAGGCCGGGAUCAUCUGGGACAGCAUCUGCUUCGCCUUUCUGCUGCUGCAGAGGCGUGUCUUCAUGAGCUACUACUUCCUGCACGUGGUGGCCGACAUCCGUGCCUCUCAGAUCUUAGCAUCCAGAGGGGCUGAGCUGUUCCAGGCCAACAUAGUGAAAAGAGUAAGGGCCAGACUGGAGGAGGAGAGUAAGUCCAUGGACCAGCUUAAGAGACAGAUGGAUCGCAUUAAGGCCAGGCAGGAGAAGUUCAAGAAGGGUAAACAGAAGAUGCAAAGCGUGGCUGAGGAGUCCGGGGAAGGCCAGAACCUGGUCCAGGAAGAGCAAGACACAGAAAGGAAAGCAGACAAAGAGAAACCCAAGACCAAAAAAAAACUCUGGUGGCGGCCGUGGGUUGACCACGCUUCUAUGGUGAGAAGUGGGGAGUAUUACUUGUUUGAAUCAGACAGUGAGGAGGAAGAGGAAGAGGAGGAGAAAAAAGAUGAUGAAGGUCCAAAGAAAUCCGCAUUUCAGCGAGCAAUUGGAAAAUUUGUCUCCGCUAUAUUGGCUUUGCCCAAGUCUGUUGUUAAGCUGCCAAAAACUGUCCUUCAGUAUGUAAUCAGGGUAGCAAAGUUCAUAUACCAUGCCUGGAUCACAAACCCCAAGACUGCCCUGAAAGAGCGCACCAAAGGCAAGCGCAAGUUCUGGAAGAGGUACACUGGCGGGAACUCGAAGAAGAAAGACAAGAAGGACGAACAUGUGGCUAUAGAGGUAGGAGAGCUUGAGGAUGAACAAGAGAGCUCUGAGGCGGGAAAGAAAUCAGAUGAACCAGACAACAUCAUCAAGCGCAUCUUCAACAUCAUCAAGUUCACCUGGGUUCUGUUCCUGACCACGCUGGAGAGCCUGACCACCUGGCUGAACUCCAUGUGCCGUGAGCACAUCGACAUCUCCACCGUGCUGCGCAUCGAACGCUGCAUGCUCACACGGGAGGUCAAGAAGGGUAACGUGCCUUCGCGGGAGAGCAUCCAGGUGUAUUACCAGAAGCAGCUGCGCCUGAACCUGUCCAGGGAGUCGGGCCUGGAUCAGCUCGACGAAGAGGACUCGGCCUCCGGCUCGCAGAGGGUCCGGCGCCGACGGGCCGGGUACAGAAUGGAGAGCCAGGACUCCAUGGCCUCACGGGACAGCAUGUCCAGCAACUACACAGAGGCCACCAUGCUGUUCUCCCGUCAGUCCACGCUGGACGACUUGGACGGGAUGCCUGAGAGCAUUCCCAAAACCAGCGAGCGCGCCCGUCCCAAAUUGCGCAAGAUGUACAGCCUGGACAUGUCCACUGCUUCCACUGACAGCGGCAGCAGCGCUGUGUCAAGCGAGGCCACGCAGUCCAUCAUGCUGUACUCCCGUCAGGGUACCACCGACACCAUCGAGGAGGUGGAGGAUGAGCAGGACCAGGAGACGCAGGGCCCCCGCUCCUCCUCCUCCCCUGGUGAGAAGGCGGAUGAAAGCGAAUGGAGGGAGAGGGUGGAGGGGUGUGAGUCUGAGUCGGAGAGCGAGGGGCUGGAACAGACAACAGAGGGGUGCUUCCAGAGCAGGGACGGGGAGGCGGAUGAGUCCGGACCGGACACGGUGGAGCUUGCAGUUCAGCUCACCCCCGAUACGGAUGGGCCCGCCUCCUACCCCACGGACGGCGAGGUCCCGCCAUCCUACAGCAAGGCCGUGAGCUUCGACCGCCUCUCCACCAGCUCGGACCGCCUCUCUGUCAGCUCGGACACGGACGACGACAAGCGGCUGAUGAUCAUGACCCCUGACAGCCGGUCUGACGGCUUGGAUGAGCCACUGCUGCCGUCCACAACCCUGGAGCUGACCGCCAGCGAGCUGCUGCUCAACAAGAUGUUCUACGAUGAAGAGCUGGAGGGUUCUGCGAAGUUCUACAACUCACAGCCUCAGCUUUUGCAGCUCUGCUAUGCCAUCUACAACAUGCUGGUGGCUCGCUCCGAGAUGGUCUGCUACUUGGUCAUCAUCCUCAACCACAUGAUCUCCGCCUCAUUGGCCACCUUGAUUCUGCCCGUGCUCAUCUUCCUGUGGGCCAUGCUGUCAGUGCCACGGCCCAGCAAACGCUUCUGGAUGACCGCCAUCGUCUACACAGAGGUUACCAUUGUCAUCAAAUACUUUUUCCAGUUCAGCUUCUUCCCAUUCAACCAGGAUAUUGCACUAAGUCAGGGCAAGCCCUACCAUCCCCCCAACAUCAUCGGUGUAGAGAAGAAGGAUGGCUACGUGCUCUAUGACCUGCUGCAGCUCCUUGCCCUGUUCUUCCACAGGUCUAUUCUUAAGUGCCAUGGGCUGUGGGAUGAGGAGUCCCGUAGCCAGGAGCAGAAGGAUGGCCUGUACACGGAUGAAUCCGAAGACGAAGGGCAAGUGCUAGUACCGUCGCCAGAGAGGAGGGGCUCCGCCCACUCGAUGAAGUCCAUUAACCUGGCAACCUCACUGGAGUCAGUGCAGGUGUGCGUACCCGAGCAUCGGACAUACCAGCGGCGCAAGAGCUCUGGAACAAACUCCCACAUCACCCGCCGUUCCUCCCGCUCCAUCAGAGGCAGCACGAGCACGAAGACCAGCAGCAGGAGGGGCAGCAUACCAAGCAUCCAGAUGAAGACCCGCAAGGAGCUGCUCCUGGAAAAGCUGAAGGAGCAGCUGAUCAAAGCAAAAGCCUUCACUAUAAAGAAGACCCUGGAGAUCUACCACCCCAUCCGGCAGUUCUUCUACAACCUGAUUCACCCUGAGUACAGUGCUGUGACGGACGUCUAUGUGCUGAUGUUCCUUGCCGACACGGUUGACUUCAUCAUCACUGUGUUCGGCUUUUGGGCUUUUGGGAAAAAUUCAGGGUCUGCCGACAUCACUUCCUCCCUGUCAGAGGACCAGGUUCCUGGACCUUUCCUGGUCAUGGUUCUGAUACAGUUUUCCACUAUGAUAGUGGACCGAGCCUUAUACCUCAGGAAGACUGUUAUGGGAAAGGUCAUUUUUCAGGUCAUCCUUGUCUUUGGAAUCCAUUUCUGGAUGUUCUUCAUCCUGCCAGGAGUCACAGAGAGGCGUUUCAAUCAGAACAGGGUGGCCCAGAUCUGGUACUUUGUGAAGUGUAUUUAUUUUGGCCUAUCGGCCUAUCAGAUCCGCUGCGGCUACCCCACCCGUGUGCUGGGCAACUUCCUCACAAAGAGCUACAACUACGUCAACCUCUUCCUCUUUCAAGGGUUCCGCCUUGUGCCUUUCCUGAUGGAGCUCCGUGCAGUGAUGGAUUGGGUGUGGACAGACACCACGCUCAGUCUCUCCAGCUGGAUCUGCGUGGAGGACAUCUAUGCCCACAUCUUCAUCCUCAAGUGCUGGAGAGAAUCAGAGAAGCGGUAUCCUCAGCCUCGCGGGCAGAAGAAGAAGAAGGUGGUGAAGUACGGGAUGGGGGGCAUGAUCGUGAUGCUGCUCAUCUGCAUCGUCUGGUUCCCCCUGCUCUUCAUGUCUCUGGUCAAAUCUGUGGCUGGAGUGGUCAACACACCCCUCGACGUUUCGGUCAAAAUCACCCUGGGUGGCUUACAGCCUAUUUUUACCAUGAGCGCACAACAGCAUCACCUACGUAACGUUACCAGUCCGCAGUUUGAAACAUUCAAGAAGGCAUGCAAAGGUCACACAGAGGGUUUGCAGUUCCUCGAAACUUACACUUAUGAUGACCUGACCAUUGCUGUCCUGGAGGGCAGUUCCAGCUCCCUGUGGACCAUCAGUCCACCCAGCAUGAGCAACCUGAAGAAGGAUCUGAACAGUCCAGGCGUCACCAUCACCAUGUCCUGGUCUAUCCAGAGGAACCUGUCUUUAGGAGCCAAAUCUGAGUUUGCAUCACAAAAGCAUACCGUCCUGCUUGAUAUAAAAGUACAGGAAGAGCUCAACGGUUUGUUAAAUGGAACAAGGUCUGAUCCUGUGGUUAUACCAUACCUCUUCCCGCGCUACCUCCGAGCUCGCAGCGACGCAGAGGCCAAUCCUGUCAAACAGAUGUACUCUGGAGACAGCAAGUUCGACAGCAUCUCUCUGAACCUGCACAGAACAACCAACAGUUCCGGCCAAACCCAGUUAUGGUGGAUCGUCAAUCAGAUUAAUCCAGGGAAAAUCAGCCUUUCCCCUUCAAAACAGGAAAGAGUGAACGAGAAACUGGAGCUCUAUGUUUUCAGCGAUAAAGUCAGUCCGCCUAGUUUGGGCUUCUUGGCGGGAUAUGGGAUCAUGGGUCUGUACACCACAGUGGUGCUGGUGAUUGGGAAGUUUGUGCGCGAGUUCUUCAGCGGCAUCUCCCAUACCAUCAUGUUCGAGGAGCUGCCCUGCGUGGACCGCAUCUUCAAGCUGUGCACCGACAUCUUCCUGGUGCGGGAGACGGGCGAGCUGGACCUGGAGGAGGACCUGUACUCCAAGCUCAUCUUCCUGUACCGCUCCCCAGAGACCAUGAUCAAAUGGACCCGGGAGAAGGACGAGUGAGACCCAGGGCUCCAACCCCACCCCGGCUGAAGAGUAGGUCAGUAAUAAAGAAAAGCACAAUCCUCUAAGCAGCAGCUGCUCUCUGAGCGGAUUGGACCUUGCAGUGGCCAGACGAGCUCCCGCCCGCGCAUUCCCACUGCCCCGUACAACUGACUAAUCCGCAGCACAGCUCGCUUGCAGUGUCCAAUGCAGUUGUUUCCUUCGACAUUACACUGAAGAAUUUACGGCCGUCAGUCCACUUAAGGUUAAAGGUCUUCUCAGCCACGGAAGAACACAAGGGCUCCAUACUGAGCAGGUCUUCUCUGGCCCAGAUUCUGCCCUGUUCAGAUUAGAAUGAGUACGAUCCCUGUGAGGUUAAAUUAACGGUCCUGAAAGGCAGUCUGGUAUUUGAAAGAACGCAGGUGUUUCUGCAGUCCAAUCAUGGAAAUGCAAAAGUGCAGCAACUGGUGGAGUGACACAACCCACUUUUCAGAUUGUUUUUCUUUUCAUAAAUCCUGAAAUCCUUAAAAUGGUUUUACGAGCAAAUAAAUUACCUUUGAGACAUUUCGAAAAACAACACGACAAUCUUUACUUGCCUUACUUUGUUUCAACAGUAAAUUGAACACGUAAACCAGAUCUAUUGCUCAGGAAAAAACACCAUCUCACCAGAACUUAUUCUUCACUUCCAUUUUGUUUGUUGGACCACAUAAGCAUUGGCCAAUUGGGAUGUAAGCAUUAGCUGUGAUGAACCAGGAUGGCAGAAUGAGUAUUUUUCAGGAUGAACAUCAGUGAAGAUAUUUGUAGUAGGUAUUUGUAGUGUUUCACUGUUGGUCAGGACAUAUGUAUCUCCCAGGGGAGACACUUCCAAUUUUAGAGAAGUGUGCAGACACAGAAACAGCCAGUCUAAGGAAAGACUACAGACUUCUGUAGGCUACUGCACUAAAGCAUUUAUCAUACUGGGAUUUCCAAAAACAUUUCAAGUCCAUUUCAGACUUUCAAGCCAACAUUCUUAUAAAAUCACAGGAAGGAGGUGAGGAGGUCAAGUUAAAUUAAUUUACUCUUCAGAACAAGUGAAGAUCACCCCUUUAGCAUAACUCCAACCGAAGGAACCUAUACGUCAGAAUACAUUGUUGCAUGAAAGAAAAUUAAAUUAAAUAUUGCUAUGAAGAAUUUUCAUUCCAUGUACAUACGUUUUUCUGGAAAAGAAAUGUGAAUAUCUCUGACUGUAUCUGUAUGUAGGAUAUGUGGUUUAGUCAUGGUCCAAUGACCUGAAAAUAAAGCACAUGUUGGAAA